AUGUCGUGCUUCAUGAAUAACGAACAUCGGCUAAUACAAAGAAGAUGUUUGCUCCACCAUGGUGGUGGUGAUACUUGUCAUCAUGUUAGUCAUGAUGACGAUGGUGAUAAUGAUUAUGGUGAUGAUGAUGAUGAUAGUGGUGAUGAUGGUAAUGAUGUUGAUGAUUAUGGUGAUGAUGGUGACAGUGGGAACAUUUUGUUGUUUUUUAAAUAUUCAUUUAUUCGAUAGGAUUACCUUUACAGUACAAAAUUGUUUUGUUUUCGAUCCAAACUUAUCCUUGGCUUGUGCAGUUACUAUCAAUUCAAAGUUAUUCUUGUGAUCUCCUAUAGGUAGCCAAUCUGUCGAUGUAACCUUUUCACCAGGUGGCGCAGUAAGAUAAGAGUAGACGAUUCUCACACCAUUGCUUUGAUAGGAGAAUUCAUAGGUUAAUGGUGCGUCUGGGUCAUUCCAUUUUUCACAGGAGAUGGUAAAGCUUGUUUUCAUCGCAAUGCCAGACGAAGGAAAGAACGAACAAUUGCCUGGAUUUUGGGAAAUAAAAAUGAUUAUCUAGGUGGUGAUGGUAAUGGUAGUAAUGAUGAUGGUGGUGUUGAUCAUGGUGGUGAAUAUGAUGAUGAUGAUAAGGUUGAAGGUGGUAGUAAUUAUGAUGGCGAUAUGUUGGUGAUUAUGAUGAUGGUUGUGGAGAUGAUGGUGCUGUGA